CUCACUCUCACUCGAUCUUUCUUUCUCUCCAUCUAUCUCGAUGCAUUCGCCUCGCCAUCCGUUUGGUUCAUUCGUACCGCGUCUCGUCGAAGUCGCAUCACGAAACUUAACAGAGGUCACGUCGGAGAAUUCACUCACCCGGUGAACGCAUCACGGCAGCUACAGUAACUGCAAACUGUCUCUUAACGCCUGGAAAACAAGUGUCGAUUAAAAUCGGUCGAGAAAAGGGCAGAGAUAUGAUCACAAGUGUUCGGUGACAAUACAUUUAAAUAUAUAUAAAACAUCGGUAGUAAUUGAAAAAAAGAGAAUAUACCGAUAUCGUCGAGAGUGCUGAUAUACGCCGGGUAUAUACUGAUUCAUCAACAAGAGUUUCAUUUCUUUAAAUCAACCAGCUGUUUGCCUUCCACGACAUUAGCAGAAAAAAAGCGAGUAAAAAAGGGAAAAAAUUGUGUGUGGUGCAGACAUGUGGUUAAGAAGCGUACUUCUAAUAUGUGGUGUCAUUACGUACACGCUAGCUGAUAGUUCAUCGGACAUUGUGCAGAUAUCCGGUGACAAUUUGACUCGAGCAAAAAAUGUCAUAGCAACAACAUAUCAACCGCCUCGAGCUAUUCCAAUUGAAGAAUUUGUAACAUCGCAUAAAUUGCCAGAAAAUGCAGCAAAGCCAUUGAAUGACGAUGAUGAGUAUAUUGAUGACAAAAGAGUUGCGCUUAAAGACAAUAAGCAUACUAAAAAAGUUAUUCAGAAAUAUGAGAAUACCGAGAAGAAAAUGGCUACCUUCGAUUCUGUCAGACGUUUCGACUCGGCUGAAGAAGAUGAUCUGGAGAUUCUCACCCCUAAAAGACAAACGCGAGUCGAGCUCGAAAAUUUCAGUGAUACAGGAAAGAUUUUGCAGGAAAAAGGAAUAAAGAAAGUUGACUCUAACGGGCCACGACCGAGCGAACAGGAUGAAAUUAUUCCGGGAGUCUACGUCAGCGCGGAAUAUCCUACAACUAUGUUACCUAUUCUGACAACUCCACGUGAAGCACGUAAUAAGAAUAGUCCCUUCGAUUUUGUUCCUGUAAAUAUUAUUCGAGAAGACAACAAAGAUGGCUUUGCGCGUUUCUCUGAUGCGAACUUUGGCGAUUUGGGCGACGUGAGUUUAAUACCGGCUGGUACAAAUUCUCGUAUUCAGGUGAAGAAAGGACCAAAUGGCAAAGAUUACGAAUAUGAAUACGUGUAUUAUUAUUACGACGAGGAGGAUGAAAAUAAAGCAAACACAGCGGGCUCAGCGGUGACGAAUUCUUACGACAUUCCUUCUAGAACAACUUCCGUACCUAGAAGAGGAAGUAACACUAGUAACAGAAGCAAGUAUAACCCUGUGGAAAGAUCGAGCACCAUGGAGUCUAGCAAUAACGAGGUUAUACCAAACCGAAGUGGCAACAGGGGCAGACAAUUAGUCGAAACUGAAGACGUUUCUGAAGAAAGGCUACCCGCGAACACUCGUUUCCCACCACGAUCGCGAUCAAAUCACAACACAGGCACAACGGAACCCUCACGAGCGCGUAGCAAUCGACUACGACCAAAUUUGGAUCUAGUUGAUUCCAGUAGUUUCCGAACUCACCAAGAAGGUCCUGAAUUUCCGCAAACUUUACCGAAAGGACCUAUUAGAUUUCUAGGUGUUACUCCUAACGAGGACCUUGAAGAGAAACCAUUGAUCAGAGCCCGAAAACCACAAAGAGCUCAAGAACCAGCUCCUGUCGAAGAAGUAAUCGACGACGCACCGUUACCUGCUACUAGAAGACGUCCUAUGCUUGAGACUGGAACGGAACUAAGCAGAGGUCAACCGAUACUCUCCAAUGAAGAAAGCGACGAAGAUGCUGCACCAGAAAGAUCUGUCAAUAAACAUGUAAUUUUAGAAGACAAGGCAAGAAGAGAAGAUUUUACCGAAAUUUCGUCCGUUCCCAGUAUCACUACUGACACUACGGACAACCCAACGACGGAAUAUUCGUCGAUCAUGGACAAGGUUGCUUUAGAUCUUUACGCUUUCUUGCAACAAGGACAAAACAACCUGAUAGACGCGUCUAGUAGUGAAACUAGCGAAACAGGAGACAACACAACGCUGCCUGACGAUGAAAUCACGACCGACUUGAUAACAACAACGGAUAUUACUGGUACUACGAUCGUUGCGGAAUCCACUAAUACAACAACGACAUCGACAACAACCGAACCAAUAAUUACAACUACGACUACCAUAGAACCAUCGACCACUACCACUCAAGUUACCGUGGGAAGAGGGAAAUUCCGACGACCCGGAAUCAGCGGUCCAGCUAUCUCGAGAAAUCGAUUCAAGUCCAAUGGCAGCACUAGCACAACUACCGAAGCAUCCGCAUCAGAAUCAACGCAGAAAACCCGGGGACGCUUCGGUAGCGGUAGCUUAAAUGGCAGUGGAUUCAAACGACCUCGACCAACCGGUAAUCACAAACCGAUCGAAGAAGAUACCGUGCAAAAAGAAACCUCGAGUUUAGUAAACACGGAGAAACUAUCAAAUGGCCGCAGUAGAUUCCGUGUACCUUCCGGCGGCAAAACCACUAUCUCAGCAACGACAUUGGCGCCUUUGAAUGGUGGUACAGUGUCAAAUGGUACUACACGAUCCACCUUCAACAAACAAAAUAUUAAUCGAAGACGCGGGCGACCGACCACGGCUGCACCGGGCAGUGAAGAACCCAAGGAGGCAACACAUUCUGAGAUUGGUCAAACCGCUGCGCAGAUCGCAUCGGAAGCCGUAACGAGCGCUCCAAAAUCUGUUGUUCGCGUGAGACUCUCUAACACACCUGCAAUCAGACCUGUUAUCAGACCGGGCGCUAGAGUUAAUCUGAGGCAGAAACCGGGACAAACAACUACGACGACACUCGCACCGGAAGUUUCUGAAACGUCUGUCGAGGAGCCGGCCGGAGAGGGAACCGAGGAGGAGACUCACGAGGCACCAGUGGAAACCAGUCAACCACAAGCGCGCGCAACUACGCCAAAUCCCUUAAAUAAAUUGCGCAGUCGUAAUCGACUACAAGUCCAACCGAAGACGACAACAAAAUCACCAUCGCUGCCACCGGCGAUCAGAAGAUCACCGCUGCUACCACGACGCAAAGUAACGGAGAUGUUGCCGGCGAUCCAAUCGAGUCAAGAGGACUCCGUUUCUGUCGAGGAAGAGGCCACGUCGACCGGCGAAAUAGAGCCGACCGAAACAAUCUUCGUUGAAACUAGCACAGCGGCCAGCACGAAGCACGAAGAGACACAUGGCCUGAGUAGUCUCCUGGCACCUCGACGCAGGAUACCGGCACGACGUCCGGGUCAGAUAAUUGCUCGAGAGUGAAGGUGACCGCGUCCUCAAUCACGCGAGCUGGCCGUUCGUUUGAAAAUUUAGACGAACUUGGCUUGAGAUGCAAACACGGAAGUUUUUAGAGAUGGAUACUAAUCUCCUAUUUUCUCUCUUAUAUAACGACUUUUUGUAUUUUCUCUAAUUGGAUAAAAUGGCAUCUCAUGUGUUACAAUGAAAAUGAUAAUGUUAUAAUAAAAUGUUUUUUACAAGAAUAGCAUUUCAAGAAAUUAAAUAUGUAAUACUAUACUUGAAGAUGUGUUUGCAUAAUGCAAUUAAAAUAUGUGAUUAUAUUAUUAUAUAACAGUAUAUAUUGUGACACAUCACGUACUAAUCUCGAACGAGAAAGGAUUUUCUCUCAAGAUAUUGAAUAUUUUUAAAAUAUAAAUGGAAUAUCGUCAAAAUAUUAUCGGAAUGUUUUCAACAAGUUCUUAAUUAGACUAUUUUCGUUUGCAAUAUCAAUCACCUUAUUACCGCUUAAGCCCAAAUGCGCAAAAAAUAAUUGAACGCAAUAAUAAUAGUUAAUAAUAUACAAUAUCUAAAUCAAUGCUUUUUUUAUUCAAUAUUAACUCUCAACUACACUGGCCAAAUCUAGCCUACACCUACACCCGCGGGGUAGUUUUGUACUCCAAAUUUUGAUAAAAAUUUUAACUGAAAUGUUAAAAGUUGAUGUUUUUGAGAAUACAUGGAGGCGCAGCAACGUCGCUUGUGCCACGCAAGAAAUAUUUGCGUAAUUGUGUGCGGUGGGGUACGUUUGUACCCCGCCAGUGUAGUUAAGAGUUAAAUAUAAUAGUAUUAUUGUAUACACAAAUAAUUGUUAAGUAACUUAUAUUGCUAAAGAUUUCUUCAAUUUUGUAGUAUAAUAAA